UAUAAAACACAUUUUGGUAUACAGAGAGGGAUGUUAGGUCAAAGUAACCUUCACCUCCGAUCCAAAGCUUUUCUUCAAAAUUCAGUGUUCCAAACUCUGCACCUUUCACCGCCCUUCUCAAAUUCAAAGUGCCUCCCCAAGCCAGCGCCAUCAUCACCAAUGAUUUGGGAGCUUGAUUGUGCAAGUUUGGGAGAUUAUUCAGAGAACGCUUAAUUUUACUCGGAGCUUUUCAAAUUCGGAGAAUUGUUUUGACAGUGUGUUCAUUGUGUUGGAUACUAGACACAUUGGUAUUUUUGGGGGUGAAAAUGAAAUUAUGAAAUCUAAGACAACCAAGUGUUUUUAAGAACUGGGGACUUGCAAGUUUGGAAAGGAAAUGCAAAGAGACUGAAUAGCCAACCUCACUUAGUGGAAUAAGGCUUCUGUUGUUGUUGUAAAGAGACUAGAUGGUGUUGGGAUAAAUCCUCAGCAGAGUGCAGUUAAGGUUUAUAUCUUAGAUCUUUGGUUUUGGAUCCACAACAAUAAUCACCGAUUUGGGGGAAAUUCAAUCAUGGACAGCAUAAUGAGCAAGCUCCGCAACCUCGAUGCGUACCCUAAAAUCAACGAAGAUUUCUAUAGUCGUACGCUCUCCGGUGGCGUCAUCACCCUCGCAUCCUCCAUCAUCAUGCUCUUGCUCUUCUUCUCUGAGCUUUGGAUGUAUCUCCAUGCGGUGACGGAGACCAAGCUUAUUGUGGACACUUCCAGAGGCGAAACACUGCGUAUCAAUUUUGAUGUGACGUUUCCUGCACUUCCAUGUUCCAUACUCAGUCUUGACGCCAUGGACAUUAGCGGAGAGCAGCAUCUAGAUGUCAAACAUGAUAUAAUCAAGAAGAGAUUAGACUCUCAUGGCAAUGUGAUAGAAACAAGGCAAGAAGGAAUUGGUGCUCCCAAGAUUGAAAAGCCAUUGCAAAGACAUGGAGGCAGGCUCGAGCACAAUGAGACUUAUUGUGGCUCUUGUUACGGUGCUGAAGCGUCAGAUGACGAAUGUUGUAAUUCUUGUGAGGAUGUUCGUGAAGCAUACCGAAAGAAAGGUUGGGCACUUUCAAAUCCAGAUUUAAUUGAUCAGUGCAAAAGAGAAGGAUUCUUACAAAGAAUCAAGGAUGAAGAAGGUGAAGGAUGCAAUGUGUAUGGUUUCUUGGAAGUAAAUAAGGUGGCAGGGAAUUUUCAUUUUGCACCUGGGAAAAGCUUUCAGCAAUCUGGCGUACAUGUACAUGACCUGUUGGCAUUUCAAAAGGAUUCUUUUAAUUUAAGUCACCACAUCAACAGAUUAGCAUUUGGAGAGUAUUUCCCUGGUGUUGUUAAUCCUCUUGAUAAUGUGCAUUGGACACAAGAAACACCAAGUGGGAUGUACCAGUACUUUAUUAAGGUUGUGCCUACGGUAUACACUGAUGUGAUUGGGCAUACUAUUCAAUCAAACCAGUUCUCUGUGACAGAACACUUCAGGACUGGAGAUGUAGGCCGCCUGCAGUCCCUCCCCGGAGUUUUCUUCUUCUAUGACCUUUCUCCAAUUAAGGUUACUUUUAUCGAAGAAAAUGUCUCAUUCUUACAUUUUCUUACUAAUGUGUGUGCCAUAGUUGGAGGUGUUUUCACUGUAUCUGGAAUACUAGAUUCAUUUGUCUAUCACGGUCAGAGGGCUAUCAAGAAGAAGAUGGAACUUGGUAAAUUUAACUAAUGGGUGUUUUUUUUUGAGUAAUUUCGAGGGAAUGGCUCUUGGGAGACAAUCUAUUCAAGAGGAGAUCAGGUACUGAUUGAAAUGUCCCUUGGGUUCUCGGUUCUUCGGUUCCAACAAAAGGAUUUUGCCCUUAGAUGUUGUCAUCAAUGAAGGUUGAAAUUCUAAGAUUAUAUCAUGUGCAAUCAAUGCCACUUUGUUGUGAUUCAUAUGUUUUGACAGAACUCUGAUGUUCUGAAUGUUGUGUUUCAUGGAAAGUAGAGGAGCUUUAAUGUAUAGCCGUGCAAUUGUUGAACUCCCAUGUAGAAGCAUCAAAAGGAAAUCUUUUAGAAAAAUAUAAAUCAACAAUGAUAAUCUAAAAUGAGAUGUAACUGUC